UCAAGAUCAGGUUCAUGGAGACGCCGUUCCAGGUGAGUCAAGAUUCUCCUGACUGGAGGAAUCCUGGAAAUAAUUUGUUUGUUAAUUUCCUGCCCUGGUGGACAACUGAGAAGGAUCUUUGGGAGCUUUUCAGUACACAGGGAGAGGUUGUCGAAAGCCACGUGGUGAGAGAUUUUCAUACCAAGGAAUCUCGUGGAUUUGCUUUUGUCACUAUGGCAACUACAGAGGACGCUAAGCGCUGUAUCAAGAAGUUCGAUCACACUGUUCAGUUUGAUCGGGUGAUAGUUGUGGAAAGGUCAAAGAGGCAGCGUCCCAGGACUCCAACUCCUGGCAAGUACAGUGGUACAAGAUACGACCAUGAACAGAGAAGGGAGCGAUCUCGUAGUCUGUCACCUGUAAGAAAGGAGGAUAGAUAUCGUUUUUCAAGUGAUCGAUCUCGUAGUCAGACACCGAUACAAAAGGAGGAUAGUUAUUCAAGGGACCGGCGAGGAAGAUCACCUUCUCCACGAACACAUAGGAGGCGGAGGGAUUAGUUGUCAAGAAGAUUAAGCAAAGAUAUUUGAAAUCGUAUUCUUUUGUAUGUAAACCAUGUUGUUGAUAAUUAGGUUAAUACUGACUCUUAUUAGUGAAAAUGUUAAAGAUUCAAACCAU